GCUCCCCGCGCGUUUCAGACGAGCCGAGGAUCGAGAUCCUAUAUAAAGCGCCCGGGUUUGAAAUUUCGAACGGCGGCCCGACAUUUCAGUUCAAGCGCCCAUAAAAAUAGCUGUAGUAACGGUUAGGGUUUGUUCCUCAGCGCAAACCCAAAACCUAGAAAUGGGAAAAUACGGAGAAUUUCUAGGUUUUUCUAUUGUCCCGUAUCGAUCCCGACAUAGCUCUCGAUCGGGAAAAGUGGUUCCUCUUCCACUGAAGAAUCCCAGAGAGGUUUGGAUCGAUUUCGAAGUGCUUUUGGCUCUUACGUUUCUUAAAAUUUUAUUUUCUGUUUUGGUUUUUCGGUGGUGAUGGAUGGAGAAUCGGUUGGAUUCGUAGAAAUUCUCUGCAGAACGCUAUUAAUGGCAAUGUAGAUGGCGUAUAUCCAUGUGUCAUAGCUCCGUCUUUGGAGAUAUUGGAAGAAAACACUGGAACAAGAAAGAUCAGGUUGUGGUUAGGGUUUACGUUAUUUUUUGCUUGAUCUCUGUAGAAGAACUGGAAAUUUUGUUUUUGGGGAAUUUUAGAGGAAAAAGGAGAGAAAGGGAUUCAAUUUAUUUAUUUAUUUAUUUUUGUGAUUUUGUUAUUUGAUAUCUGCAGAGAGAGGAGAGAAGAUUGCAAUUUUGUGGAUCUUUCAUGGGAUAAAAGGAAAGAAGGAUAUUUCUCUAGGGUUGGGAUUUGCAAACUUUUGGUUGCUUUUAUAUGUGGAGAGAAACCAGGAAGAUUGAAUGUGGUUGGAAAAUUUAGAGCAAAACUGGAAAAAGCUGGCUUUGGGGUCUCGUUGCUUGCUGCAUUUUGUUGGGAUAGUUCUUCAGACACUUUAGAAGAACAAUAAAAGGAAUAGAAGGAGAUCUUAUACGGUUUUCUGAUUUCAAGGUUUUGGGUAUCCUAUUGUUGUUGCUUGGUCUCUGCAGAAACAGAAUUACCGUCAAGAUUCUUUUCUUUUCUCUUUUUGAUUCUAGAGCUUGGGCAAUAUAGCUCGAUCAGCAUAGAACAGGUUCUACUUUUCAGAUAUUUCACGAACUCUUCGCCCUCCCCAACCACCCCCCCCUCCCCUUCUUCUUCUUUUUAGUCUUUUUAUUUUUUAAAUCCCUAGAGCUAUGGCUCGUUAAUCUGGAAAGAAAAAAAAAACCCAAAAAGAUUGCAUUUUUUCUCUGCAUACUAUGGUUCCUUGUGCUUGUUGAAUAUUGGGAGCUCCAUAUAGAACUCUGUAGACCUAUCAGAAGACACACAACAAACUAGAGGAAGAUUAAAAAGAAAAAGAAAUUCGAAUAGAGGUGUAAGAGAAGAAAAAUGUCAGAUUCGGCUCCAUUGCCUAGUUCUGACACAUCACCUCCUUCUCCUCCUACUUCUGCAGAUAAAGACUCACCUACGCCGGCAUUGGAAUCUUCUCCACCAUUAGACAGUCCAUCUCCCUCCACGUCACCAUCACCUCCCUCUAAUACACCACCCCUUCCCUCUGAUUCUACUACACCUGAUCCUCUCCCUCCUAAAUCAUCACCAGAUGCCCCUCCGCCGGAUGCUUCUUCUCCUUCACCUCCAUCAGAGUCAAAAUCUUCACCGCCUUCUCUAUCUCCUCUAUCUUCAUCUGCAUCCCCUCCUCAACCCUCUGAUUCUUCUCCCGAUAAGCCAUCCUCUCCUCCAUCUGACUCACCACCUUCAUCUGAAAACUCUCCUCCUCUUUCUUCUCCUGCUGUCUCUUUGCCAGCUCCUGCUGCUUCGAGGACUCCUCCAUCUCCCUCCCCGCAACAUACUGGGUCCAAUGAACCUCUGCCACCGGUACAAUCAGAUUCCCCUCCAUUGUCCGAAACUCCACCAGGUGCCAAAACAUCUCCUACCUGGCCUAGUUCUAAUCCGAAAACUCCGAAGGUUGAUCCCACUCCCCCUAUUGAGACCACUCGUUCAACGCCAGCCAAGUCUACUCCUGCAAAUUCUAACCAUGUCCCACCUCUAGCCCCCCCUUCAAAUUCUGGAUCUCAUUCUCCUGGUCAGAAAUCAUCCAGGAAUUCGUCUAAUUCAAGUGGGGAUUCUGAUAGCGGAGGCAUCAUUGGGGUAACUUUAGCUGGAGCGCUAAUCAUCGCCUUCAUUGCUGUUGUUUUCGUAUGCGUGAGGAAGAGGAAGAGGAAACCUGCAACAAAUUAUGUAGGCAACUACAGACCUUCAGAAAGUAGCUUCUCUGUGAAAUCAGAUGGGUAUUACUAUAGACAGGCUGGCAUAGGGAAUUCUGCUGUUGUUCAUUCAGAUUCAUACUAUGCUUCUGGACCUGUGGCUGGAAAUGGCAUGGGAAGCCAAAGAGGGCAUGACUAUCAAUCUAUGGAGUCAGGACCAAUGGGGAAUUCAAAAUCGUGGUUCACCUAUGAAGAAUUAAUGGAAAUAACAAAUGGGUUUCCUUCCGAAAAUGUUCUGGGCGAGGGCGGGUUUGGAUGUGUAUACAAGGGUCGGCUGCAAGAUGGGAGAGAAGUGGCGGUGAAGCAGCUCAAGGUGGGUAGUGGACAGGGAGAACGGGAAUUCAAGGCAGAAGUUGAGAUCAUCAGUCGUGUCCACCAUCGUUAUUUGGUUUCUUUAGUGGGCUACUGCAUAGCUGAAAAUCACAGAUUACUUGUCUACGAAUUCGUUCCAAAUGGUACUCUCGAGGAUCAUUUGCAUGGCAAAGGAUCGGCAGUGAUGGAUUGGGCAAAAAGAGUCAAAAUUGCUAUUGGUUCUGCUAAGGGGUUGGCAUAUCUGCAUGAAGACUGUCAUCCUCGGAUCAUCCACAGGGACAUCAAGUCAGCAAACAUUCUUUUGGAUAACUCUUUUGAAGCGAAGGUUGCAGAUUUUGGGCUUGCAAAGCUGUCAAAUGACACUAACACACAUGUGUCAACUCGUGUUAUGGGGACAUUUGGGUACUUGGCACCUGAAUAUGCAGCCAGUGGGAAGUUGACUGAUAGAUCUGAUGUGUUCUCGUUUGGGGUUGUGCUUCUAGAACUUGUGACAGGGCGUAAACCUGUCGAUACAUCUCAACCGUUGGGGGAGGAGAGUUUAGUUGAAUGGGCUCGGCCACUCUUGAUGCGUACUUUUGAAACUGGAAAUAUCUCAGAAUUAGUGGAUCCAAAGCUGGAAAACAAUUACGUGGAGGGCGAGAUGUUUAGAAUGAUUGAGACAGCUGCCGCAUGCGUACGUCAUUCGGCUCCAAAGCGGCCACGCAUGGCUCAGGUGGUAAGGGCAUUGGACACUGAGGGAGAUAUGCCUGAUCUCACCAAUGGUGUAAAAUUAGGCCAGAGCUCUGUAUUUGAAUCUGGCCAGCAGGCGAUGGAUAUGCAAAAGUUCCGAAGGAUGGCGUUUGGCAGCGAGGAAUUCAGCUCCGAAUAUGGUCCCAGCGGAGAGUUUGAUCGGAGGAGCGCUGCAUACAGUGGGGAGUACCGUCAGUCAAGGGAGUCGCCCCAUAGGCCGAUGAAUUCUUCGAUGGGGAGCAGGGAACACUAUUCAAACUACUCAAGCAGUGGCGAGUCAGAAACUCGUGCUAUGAACCAGCGGGGCGGCAGUAGGAAUUCCAAUGACUUCCAUAGUGGCAUGGGUAGCCAUCACUACACUGGAAGGUCACCCCUGUGAAUUCCCUUGCUGUAAGGUUCUUUGUUGGAUUAUCUGACAUACACCCACCUUUGAAGAUGUUGUGACUGAAUGGAUGCACAUUAGCUUUUCAAGUUCCAACUGUCCAUUUCUCAAGUCCAUGUUCAUUGACCUUCGAUGAGGAGAGGGUUCAGGUGGACCGUCGUGGCUCGACUGGAUCUCGAUCAGGCACAUUAGCUCUUCAAGUUCCAACUGCCCAUUUCUCAAGUCCUUGUUCAUUGACCUUCGAUGAGGGGAGGGUUCAGGUGGACAGUCAUGGCUCGACUGGAUCUUGAUCAGGUAUAUAUGUAUUAUUUUGUAAAAUACUUUGUAAUUUGGUGUACCCUUUGAUGCCCACGAGGUGCCAAAGUAAUUCUUUCACUGUCAUAUUUCCUGCUGAUGCUUUUAUUAAUGGUGUGUUUGGAUGCACCAUCCAAUUGUAUUGUGGACAUUCAGUAAAAAAACAAAGACAUUGCUACCAAAUCUGU